CGUUUUGUUUUGGUCGCUUUUGUCUGGAUUUUUGGACAUUACGCCGACAUUAUCCGCGGAUUUAGAAGCCCGCCCUUCGACUCUACCAUCACGCCUCAGUGCGGGGAUCCAGCAAAGAUGAAAUGGAUGUUUAAAGAGGACCAUUCCCUGGAGCACCGAUGUGUGGAGUCAGCCAAAAUACGAAACAAAUAUCCUGACAGAGUACCGGUGAUAGUGGAGAAGGUUUCCGGCUCGCAGAUAGUGGACAUUGAUAAGAGGAAGUACCUUGUGCCCUCUGACAUCACAGUGGCCCAGUUCAUGUGGAUCAUCAGGAAACGCAUCCAGCUGCCUUCAGAGAAAGCCAUCUUCCUCUUUGUCGACAAAACUGUCCCCCAAUCCAGUCUGACCAUGGGCCAGCUGUACGACAAGGAGAAGGACCAGGACGGCUUUCUGUACGUGGCCUACAGCGGAGAAAACACCUUUGGUUACAACGCGGGGCUAACACUUUGCUGAAUACCAGUCUCCCCCCCCCCCCCCCUUUCUCUCUCUCUCUCUCUCACACACACACACACACACACACGCAGGCCCGACAUAUACUGAUGCACAAUGUUUCAAACAUUGGUCCUUUCAAGGAAUGCACCGUCACACUUGGCACAGUUAUUUACGGUCGAUUUUUGAUACUAGAAAAUACACAUUUUAUGGUGAAAAUGAAUGACACCAAAAUGCUACAAUAACCAAACGAGUAACAAACAGACUCAGAUGAUCAUCAGUGUCAAGAAAUGCUUGACCCAAUGCUUGGUCCUUUCUCAUGAUUGCUGUUUAAAAGUUGUGGAGAGAAAUAUCGUUAACACUGCCGUACAAUAAGAAUAACAACGCACUUUAUAGGCACGUCAGAUAUUCAUUUUCCAAGUAUCUACAUCAGUAUUACAGUAAAUAAAACAGCUCAUUUAGGUUUGACACGCACACCCACACACGCACACCACCACCACACACACACACACACACACACACACACACACACACACACACCACACACACAACACUCACACACACACACACACACACACACACACACACACACACACACACACACUCUUACAUUGCUCAUUACCCAAUCAUGCUCUAUUUUCUUUCAGUCCAGCUUUGUUGUCACAGAUAUUUUUGUUCAGCUGAAGUGAGAAAGAAACUCUAUAACCAUGUGACUAUCUAACCACAUUAUGGAUGUAUUUGUGUGUCUCUUUCAUAUCAUCAUCAUAUGUAUAAAAACGGUGUGUAUAUUUAACUUUAAAGCCACAGGUACACGCAGCACUGCGAUAGGCUGUGAGAACAAUAAGCAUGUGAAAGGAGGCAGCUCAUGCUAUCGAGACGGUGAAUGAUGGAAGCUGCUAGGAAGGAGGCAGCCGGUGUAAAGUUCAGGGGCGAUCCUAGGAUCAGAGCUUUAGGGGUGCCUGGAACCCUUUUAAUGGCAUUUUUUUUAAACAUUAUUCUACUGUGCUAACUGUGCAUUUAACAUCAUUUUGGACCACCAUCAUAGGGGAAUCGCUAUAAGACACCAACACUUCUUAGAACACUUUAAUGCUGAGCCACAGGGCCACAAAGGUCAGGUGUUAUUACACAUUAAGUUGGAAAUGUAUCCCUGAAGAAGUGACAUUUCCAAAAUGCAGUAUCAAUAACUUUUGAUAAUUAGAGAUAUAUGCAAUUUGAACUAAUGGCUGACAAGCACUAUUUUCUGAAAAUGGCUCAGAAUUUUGUUUCUAAAUGAACUAGGCAUCUAGAUUCUGGGUUUAGUUUCACGAUAUUGUGAUAUUGCUAGAGCAGAACUCCUUAACUUAGUAUCAAGUUUAAAAAAAGGCUAAAAUGGCCCCUGGUGUAGUGUGUCCAGCUCAGGGCCAAGGCCAGGGCCAGGGCCAGGGCCAGGGCCAGGGCCAGGGCCAGGGCCAGGGCCAGGGCCAGGGCCUGUCCUUCCCAGCCUGCCUGUUAUGUAAUGGCACACUGCGUUGGCCAGCAGCAGGACAUAAACCACAGUGACCUGCUUAUGAAAUCCAACACUUUACUUGAAGUUUACAGGGUCGGAUUGGGACUUGUUUCUAAAAACGCUGUAGUUAGCUUUUGAUUCGGCAGUUAAGGUGAUCUAAGGUUCUGCGGAGGCUCCACGCAAAGCGUUCUCCGUACUCUACGUAAGUGGCCUGAUGUUUCUAGAUGAGCAUUUGUGACUGCGUCGAUCUCUUUAGGAGAAUAGCAGAGCUGGUGUGUGUGUGUGUGUGUGUGUGUGUGUGUGUGGUAGAGUGAGUGAGAGAGUAAUGGGAUUAUCUUCAGAGCGAGUAGUGACUCUAGAGUCCUAGUGAGAGAAACAAAAGGUCUCCCCUGUUCUUUCUGCCCACGGUGGGAGAUCUGUAGCAGGAGAAGUUAACCCUCUCCCAAAAUGCAACGCCAGGGCUGAGCUACGUGCGUCGCCGCGACAUGUAGUUACGUUUCUUUCGAGAGGUGCACGUCAGGCUACAGUGUAGGGUCCGUGUCUCCAUGGACCUACGUAUGUUAACAGAAACAUAAAUCACGUUUUACUGUUACUGCUUUACUUUCAAUUUGUUUUUCCACAUUUGAGGUUUAAGCAUUGAAGCCGUGUGAAACCCACUUUAAGACUUGUGAAAGCUUGAUUCUUUAAAAAUUCUAAAAAGGGAUAUUUCACUCAUUUGUCUCAUGCAGACCACAUUGGACCAGGUCUAGAAAAAAAAUACUAUACAUAGAUGUUUAAAGACCAGACUCCCUUAUCCCAGACAGACUAAAGAUUAUUUUCCUUUUUCAGAUUUGUGAAAGCUUCACAGUUAUGUUAUGUUUCCCUUAACGUUAGCUGCCGAUUCGGACGCUGCGAACUGGAAACUUCAGCGUUGUUAUUUUUUUACAUUGUCAUCACAGGUCACCUAUCUGACAAUUAUAACCACAUAAAAGUUCCUCUUCUUUUAUUAUUAAUCUGUAACAUUGUGUUCCAGAAAUACUGACGCAGAGUUGCACUUUACCUGUUCUCCCUCGACCAAUGUGUCUAGCGCAACAUCAGUUAGCGCUUCCUACAUUCCCCAGAAUGCCUUUCGACAACCUCAGACAUUUAUCUUAUCUCAGCUUAAGUUCAAGCACAGCUUGUCUUUAGAAAUGAUGACUGCUAAUCCACUGUGAGCCAUCAGCACACAAACAGGUUCCCCAUAACAUCACAACAUCGUUAUCUAUGACAUGUAGUAGUUUUGUUAUUUGUUCCUGGAAUGAGACAGAUACACAAUAUUUGUCUUUGCACAUUACAUCUUUUUCAUAUGUUAAGCUGAUAUGUGGGUUAAUAAAAUCACUGGGUGACAGUGCUUUCACAUUUAAUGAUUAAACACACAUAUUUAUUCAACUCAAAAGGCCCAUGGUUAAAGUAUACAAUAGUGUAAGUCUGGUUUUUACAUACUUGAAGUGAAGUGUUGCUCAGGUCUUUGGCUGCACGGUGUCGUCCUCCUCUCUCACAUGACUGGCUGCACCUGUAGUUUCUGGAGUGGAAUCAGAGCGAGGCGUGUUUCCAUCUUUUACCCGACCCAUUGAAGUAUUCAUAUUUGUGCACCACAAAAGCUGAUUCGGGCUUUUAAACAUAGUAUGUAGAUGUGUAAUAUAUUGAUGGAAUGCUAUGAUAUUCAGUAUUGUUUUUAUUUCAUCAGUGCUGUAUGAUUGUUAAAUAUAUCUUAAAGACAUAAAGGAAUUUUAGAUAUUUGAAAAAGGUAAAAUAGCUGGAAAACCUGACCAAUAAAAAUGAAUGUAAAAUGAA